AUAUAUGUUUAAUAAGAUGAUAGUGAAACUGAACUUGGAAUUUACAACAACAAAAAAUGGCGGCACAGGCACAAACCUUGAAGGUUUAUCCCUCUUCCACGAGACUUCAAUUUUCCUAUCCUCAUUCCAAUUUCAAUCAACCACGCUUCUCGUCGUUCUCGUUUCGAAGUCCUCGCCUCCAACCUAUCAGCUGUAGCGCCUCCAAUGUCAAACCAAAGAAGCAUUCUCCUUCCUCAUCCACCAAAAACAAAAACCUAAACAACAACCACAACAACAACAAGAAUAACAACAAGAGUGACGCGGAAGCUAGAGAUUCCAAUUCCGCGUCCGAUUCUUCUCCGCCUCACACUCCUACGCAACUCCCCCGUCCACCGGCUGGUUUUGUUGUAGACGAUACCGGCAAGCUUCUCACAGCUAACAACAAUGAACGAAUUGCCACACUUGUUGAUCCUGCAAACAAUCUACCUUUGAAGUGUGUGAUAAGGAGAGUCUUCACCAGUUCUGAAGGAGAGGAAUGUUUGUUGCUAUCCCCACUUGACAUGCCUGUCUAUGUAUUACAGAGCACAGGUGAUGGAUGGUCAGAAGUCAGUUACGAGGAGCUUGAACCUCUUCUACCUGCUGCUGCUUUCGCACUUGCCAAAUUACGCAUUCAUCUGGUCUAUAGUGGAUACUGUUAUACAGCUCGUGGUAGUUUAUUUUACUCAGAAGAAGACGUAUUUGAGUUUCAUGCAGAGGGUAAAGGCGGUGGCUUGGCAACCGAGGGUGUAAAACUCACACGCUUCAAUGAGGAUGGAGCACACUACAUGAUAUAUACACCAUCUGACCCACUUGUUUUUGUUGCUGUGAAGAAUGCCAAUGUGAAUUUAUGGGGCAUGAGAAACCGGUGUUCUUUAGUGAAACACAAAUUUAUCCUUUCCUUGUGCAGGAUCAAAAUGGAAUGCUACAAAUUGCUGACGAGGAACUGCUUGAAGAUCCUGCUGUCAUUAGCGCCAAAGAUGAAGAGACAGAAUUUAAUGCCUUGGUGGUGGAGGAAGAAGCUGCACUCCUUGACUCACUGUUGGAUUGAAGAUAACCAUCUAUACUCAUUGCAAUAGAGCUGUCUUAUCCCACUGUUUCUCAUCUGGAUUGCUGCAAAAUUUUGUGGGUCGAACAACUUUUUUUGUGUACAUAUGUAUAUUGUAAUAAGGACUAUCGAUUGAGGACUGCAACAAAACAAUUUUAAUAAGGCUUUUUUUUGGUUGAUAAUAAAGACCAACAGAAAAAAAAAACUACAGGAGAACCAAUCUUGGGACAAAGGUCUCUAUUACAUUAGAAGAAACCAAAUGCCUAACAAAAUCUGGAAUAUCUUCUACAAUUUUAAUAAGGCUUUUUUUUGGUUGAUAAUAAAGACCAACAGAAAAAAAACUACAGGAGAACCAAUCUUGCGACAAAGGUCUCUAUUACAUUAGAAGAAACCAAAUGCCUGAUAAAAUCUGGAAUAUCUUCUCUGAAAACCAAAUCCUCUCCGGUAUCACCAUCGGCAUAUGCUAGUGCAGCCGCACACAUGUUCGCUUCCCACAUUCACUUCAUACUU